AUGAUUGAUGCAAUGUACAAGGUUCGAAGAAGAGAAGAAGCUAACAUUUUGUUUGCUGCAAUAUCUGCCAAUGGAUUGGUACCUAAUGCUUCUACUUACACAAUAAUGAUAACAAAUCUUUUAAAAGAAGAAUCAAUGGAAGAAGCUGAUCAUAUGUUUUCAUCAAUGGAGACGAGUGGUUAUGCUCCCAGCUCCGCUCUGUUAAAUGAUAUCAUCAGAAUGUUGCUAGAAAAAGGUGAGAUAGUCAAGGCUGGAAAUUAUUUGUCUAAAGUUGAUGGGAAGAGCAUCUCACUUGAAAAUUCAACUGGUUUGUUGAUGAUGCAUCUAUUUUCAAGGGAAGGCAGAUAUCAUGAGCAAAUAAAAUCACUCCCUGCAAGGUAUCGAUUUUUUGGAGAAGUCAGACACAGUUGA